AGAAUCCUGCCUCAAACUUUAAGACAAGUGAAUUUAAACAAUAACACAUGUAACACCAAUGCAAACUGAUAGACGGGCCAGCUCCCUGGUUCCUUGGUGAUACUGACAAAAACGGUUUCUGUCUUAGACACCACUUGUGGUUGACAAAUCUUUUACACAUUUCACCACCCUGCCCCAUUUGGCUGUUCUGCAUGAGAACUCCCCAUUUAGUUACACUCAGCACCCCUCUGUUGGUAGGUCGAUAUUUAACAGCAAGCGAACUUAUGGAGAUCCAAAAACGUCUGGCAGGUGUUUGGAUAUUUUUCUUUACACAUUCUUUUCUUGUGUCUUGUGAAAUUCGCUUCCUGGGGAAACAGUUGGGAGAUUCUGCAACCUUCGUCUGUGUAUCUGAUGUCCAAGACCCCAAGCCCAUUGCCUUCAACCUGAAACGCAAAUGGAUAAAGCCCGAUAGAGAGGUUAUGUUCAUGUACACUAAAGAGAAGCCGGCACCCGUCCCAGACUUCAGCCAGCGCCUCAAUGUCACUGGGGACCCGAGUACUGAGCGGGUCAACGUGACCAUCAGCCAGCUGAAGGGAACAGACACAGACCUGUAUUACUGCUUGUUCGUCUAUCCGAAAACCAACGCCCCUGAUGAAAAUAUCCCUGGCAAGGAUGAGUUCUUCCUUUACGUCGAUGAUGCUGAUGUCCCAGACACCAAGAUGGACAUAGGCUUUGUACAGACAAAUGCUGGUGGUUCCGUGGUCCUCCCCUGCCUCGCUCCCUACGGUUCCCCCUCAGCCAUCGAGGGGGUGUGCCUGAAGAGGCGCCAGGGACGGGCUCCAGUAGAGGUGCUGUUCCACACCAGGAGCCAAUCCUCCGCCUUCCCCCAAGAGAGGAUCCUUCAUCGGGGAAUUGGGCUGGGCGGACUGGGCUACAAUAUCACCCUGACCCAGAUGCAGCUGGAAGAGAGUGCUUUUUACAGCUGUGAGCUGCUUGUCCCCGGCAGCCCAGAAAACCACGCCAGGCUAGGGAGACACGUGUACUUUGUGUCAGUAAAAGAUGUUUCUUGUAGCUGUAGUGGUUACGUUCCUCUGCUUUACGCCCUCUCCGCUGCAGUGGGACUGCUGCUAAUCCUUCUCCUGGCCCUGGCAGUCGCUCAUUAUGGUAAGAUUGGACAUGACCGUGUCAAACCACAGUCCUCCAUCUACGAGGAGAUGGUCGGGGGGCGCCCCCCUAACAGGAACAGAAAAACGCCCCCCUCCUACCUAAGGCCCCCCCACCACCUGGAGGAAAUGAAUGCACCCGACUAUGACCACCCGCCUCCAAGGUCACGCCAUGAGAACCUUUAUGAGAGGCCUGAUGGGGCCCUGCUAAUACCCACAGAGACUGCUGUCGUGGCAUGAAGGUCCAAAGUCACCUACAUUGUGAGGACUGUUCAUUUAGCCUCUGUACACUGGAAUCUGGACUAUAAACAUCCAGCUAACUGUAUUAAGUGGCAGUAUUAUUUUGAGGAUUUUUCUUGUAAAUAAAUUUGCUUUGCUUUAGAAUAAUCGUUUGCAUAACGUAGUACGGCUGUAGAAUGUUGUAGGCAGGGCAUUCAUAGUUUUUUUUAAAGCAGCAGAUAAAUCUAGGAUUUUAAUUUUAGAUGAGUGAAAUAUUACACAUAGUGAUUUAAAAAUAAAUGAAAGAAUGCAUGAAUGUGUAAAAUAAGGUACUUUUAACAAAUAUGGAAAACAUUUUAUUGUUUUGUUGUAUUUACUGUAUUAAUGCGCAUUAAUUGCUGCUGAUCAUGGCGAUACCGUUAAUAUUCCAAUUGGAUUAUUAAUGCUUCCAAAAAGUUGUCUUUCUGUGCUACUUCCCCCUUGCCUGAAAUGCAUUUUACUAAGAGAUUGUUGCUGGGUAAGUCUCAACCCAAGUCUAAGUAAAAUAAAAGUGUUGUUUAAUGUA